AUGCCGUCAAUAAGGCACACGCAGCCAUCUUCAGACCUGAUCACUCAUGCGUUGCGUGAGAGAAGGGCCUUUGCGUAUUACUGCCAUCAGGCGGGACCGGCGAUAGCGGGCGGCUUUGGCAACCAGUUCUGGAUGAGUGUCGUCCUCAAGGCCUGCCGAUCGGAGCCAGCGGUUUGGGACGGGAUUAUUACCAUCGGGUUGCUGUAUGAAAAUCUAGAUCCAUUUCUCGGACCUCCCAUGGUCGUCGAAGCCUGGCCAUCCGUUAACAUACCCAAGGAAGCCUUGGCCUGGUACUCGCGCUCGGUAGAAAACACUCGAUCCAGAAUCGCACAAAACAAGGCCAAUAUAGAUGUGGCGCUUAUCACAUGUGUACUAUAUAUCUGUGCUGAGAUGCUCCAGGGUGAUGUGGCAAAAGCCAUUCGACUAUAUGAGCAAGCUGUGCGGCUGAUUCUAACUUGGCGGCGACAGGCUUCCAUGACGUCACGAACCGUAUUCAUGGUAGAGGACAUAUUGCCGCUGCUUGUUCGUCUAGGUGCAGUUGUUCUGAUAAUCGCUGGAUGCUCACCAGAAGGGUUGCCUCAACUUCUAGCUAUAUCUAGCAACAACUCCAAGUUCUCAUCCCUGGAAGACGCCCAGACAGCGCUCCUGAAGCUGACCAUAGAGACCUUUGGCCUCAGGGAUGUGGCCCUCCGACAUCAGCGUCCUUCCAACGACCGCGUUGGGACCAUGUUUGAUUUGACCGUACAACAGCGGUCUUUGAUGUAUCGACUAGGAGAGUGGGACAGUGCUUUCGCCUAUCUCACAAGUGCGGAAGGACAGCCGUUUACUGACUUCCCAUAUCGUGGGGCAGUAGGAGUACUCCUGGCCUUUCGUGCUGUCACGUCUAUCACUAUUUGCACAUGCCUUUCGCAGGAGGAGAUAGUGUAUGACAAGCAUAUAGAUCAGUUUCGACUGAUUGUCGAGCAUGCAGCAGCUGCAAUACAUGCAUCUGCGGCUCAGAAUCACACGCAGCCGCAGUUUACGUUUGAACCAGAUAUCGGCCCGCCGUUGUUUUUCACGGCCGUGAGAUGCCGAGACACAGCACUGCGAUGGAAGGCGUUGACUCUACUUCGACAAGCACCAAAGGUUCAAAGCUUAUUCAAGAGUAUGUCGUGGGCGACACUUGCCGAAAUAAUCAUCCGGCUCGAAGAAAAUCAUUCACCGAGAGUAAGAGAAGGGCCGACAUCUAACCUUACAUGCACUGUGAUUGCAGGAAAGGAAAGUCGUAGUGACCGUUUGCCCAGGGAUGAAGAUGGAUAUCUGGAUAAUCCGCAGGGAACCGUAUCCAGCGCAAAUGAGUCGGUUGAGGCCGGCGGCCAUUUUUCGGAUGAAUUGUCGAUAAACGGAAGUCACUGCAUCCCGGAAGAGUAUCGUGUGCAUGAAUUCGGCGUGUCUCAAGCAAAUGGAACCGCACCUUUUGACUUAGCCUCGCGAACGCUCAGCCCCUUUGUCCUAAGAGUCACACGCAAUCAGCGUGAUCCAGUUACUGGAAACUUUGAGCUGGUAGAAUGCUUCCUGCCUAUGAGUUACUAG